AUUCAAACUGCCGACUAUUUUUUUGAGUUGAAAAAAUGACCAGAAGAGUAAUAAUGGAUCAAUAUCGAGAAAUUACCGUUCGGUGAAAGGAAGAUUCCGGUUUUUCACUUUCGUGUAUAAACCUCGGGAGGAGUGACCAUAAUCAUUCACUCACAAAUGGCUUCCAGUAUAAAUGAACAGAGAAAGAGCAAGCCAUUCAGCAAAAAAAAAAAUUUGUAAGCCAUUCAGCAUACGUUUUAGGCGAAAGCAAAAUGCAAUCCCAUGAAGAUAAUGUGUAAAUGAACCGCCACAACUUUCCCUUUCGUCCCCGGCAACUCUCGUCGAAGGCAGCCCUCCUCCCCGCCGUCGAUUCUGUCUCAGUCGAACCCCACUUUCUUCCAUGACCGAAAGGGCACUUGAACUUCAGAUUCCUUUGAGUAAGAAUUUCCGUGCGCAGUAUUCUGUGUUCAAACGUGAAAUAUGCUUCGAAGUACAUUCAUAACAUGUUGUCUAAGAAACAAAUGGAACUAUUCCGGAAUACAGCAUGCGGUCACCUUGCAGAUAUACCUGAGAUUCAAGUCUUUGCUGAAAUUGUGCACAUGUUAUUGUUACGCCUUGUGAAGCAAUAGCCUGAAGAUGAGCACUGGUUCUGUGUAGUGGAGGGUAAAAUUGUGGAAUUCACGAAUAAUGAUUUAUGCCGCAUUACUGGAUUACCUCCGGCAGCCCUUAAGCCCGUCGUGGCUGAAGAGAGUGAAAAUCUGAUGAAGAGGCUAAAGAAAUGGAAGAAGCUGGGGAGGUUGCUAAUACAUAUUUUGGCGGAUCACUGGAUAUCACUUUUCAGAUGGUGAAGGACAAGGUUAAAAAAGUACGUCUUAGUAGAAAAGGUAAUGGAGUGCUAGGUGUCAAGCUUGCAUCCCUCUUCUUGGUUGAGAACGUAUUGCUGGGAAGAGACAGAACAACCAAGAUUAGCUGGAGGUCUAUUAAGCUGGUUAAUGAGUUUGAGGAGUUCAAGGAGUUGUGGUCGAGAGACGCUUACAAUUUGCUAGUCACACUUUUAAAGGGUCUUCUUGAUGGCAGUCGACGAAGUUUAUCGACAAUAAGGCUAACGUCCCUGGAAAUAAAAAGCUAAGUUAUCAGUGUACGGUAUGCCAUUGGUCCUAAAGGUGUGGGCGUAUGAAAAAAUUCCUAAAUUUGGGGAACACUUUAAAUGUUUGCGGCGUAAUUCCAACCUUCCAAGAUACGGAAAAUUGUGUUUGCUGAUGAGGUUCCUACACCUCCUACUUCCGAUGAUGAAGAUGAAGACAAUCCUGAAGUAGAAAUUAGAGAUAGAGUUGAAGAAAUGUGUGCAAGUAUUGACAAGAUCAAAACAGGUGUUCAUAGGCUGGAGAAAAGGGUGGAAAAGGAUCUUGGUGCACUGAAAGACCUGCUGCUUCAAGUUAUUGAUAGAGUACACAUUGUUUUAAAGGAAAAGGGGGGCCCUUCUGUCCCAAGUCAGCGGGAAGAAGAAAAAGAAGUUUCUGCAAAACAUGUUGAGUUUAUUGGCCCUGAAAAUUUGCAAUCCUCAAACACUCCAGUUGAGGAAAAGGUAAUAUAUGUUUGUGAAAUACCAAAUGGUUAGGUUGAAGGGGAUACAUGUUGUGAUAUUGUUGCUGAAGAUAAAACCAUGUCUACACAUCCUGUUAAGAAUGUAGCGACCGUGGUAUGUUGUUUAACUUGUUACAGGUUUUGAUCUUAAUCUUUCGAAAUUAAGUUCUCCUUUGAGGAAAUUAAAAGGUAUAAAAUGUUAUUGUUUGUGUGUGCUAUUUUUAGUGUCUGUAUGUAGCAAUGUUUUAUCUGUAUAUGCAUUUUGUGUUGUCUGUGUAUAAGUAAUAAAUAUCUGUGAAAUACCAAAUGGUUAGGGUGAAGAGGAUAAAUCUUGUCUUGUUCUUGCUGAAGAUCAAAUUACGUCUGCAGAUCAUAUUGUGAAUGUCGCCGACUGAGAUAUGUUGUUUACCUUUUUUGUUUUGUUUUAAUCAUUGCAAAUUAAGUUCUUCAAGAAAUAGGUAUAAAAUGUUAUUGUUAGUGUGGUGUUUCUAGUGCCCGUAUAUAGCAAUGUUUUAUAUGUAUGUAUAUUUCGUGUUGUCUGUGUAUAAGUGAUAUAUGUCUGUGAUAUAUGUCUGUCAAAUACUAAAUGCUUCUGCUGAAGGGGAGAAAUCUACUGCUGUUGUUGGUGAAGCACAAAAUUUGGAAAUAGAUCCUGUAAUGAACGUAGUGGUGGAGGUGGAAGAUGACAAGUUCUCUGCUUUGACAGCCCCCGGUCCAUUUGAAAACUUGGAUUGGGAUCUCGUUGGUGAUGAUGUUGGGAUUGCUGGUGUAGACAUGAAGGUCAUUGUAGAAGUUAGUAUGAAAGAAGUGAUGAAGAGAAAGCGGUUCAGAGCGAAGUACAUAUGCAACCCAUACAUUGCUCCAAUGACUAAGAGGCUUAAGGUUGGCAUGCACAUUUACAUCAAACUAAGAUUUAAAUAUCCGUUUAAACACUGCCAUGCACAUUUACAUCAAACUAAGAUUUAAAUCUAAACCACUACAAUUCAUCAUGUCAUUAAGAUCCCCCUGUCCAUUGCCAUGCUCAGAGGUCGGUUGUGGGGUACUUGCAUUGUCAUUCCUAGCCCUUGAUUUCUUCAUCCCCUUCUCCAAUGGUCCUUUUUGGUGGUUUUCCUCGAUGCACCCUUGCGCUUUGCACAUUUAAGAUCUCCAAUGAUUUUUGGAACCUCACCUUGCACACCAUUGUGAUAGAUGUUAAGUUGCCACAUAUGGAAGAACGAUUAACUUGAGGAAUAGUAUAUGUGGACAAUUGAGUGUCCAAAUAAAGAACACUUUGGUACCUCUCAUCAUCAUCAUCCCCAAUCAUGUUUGUAAGUAAUUAUUCAAACGUCUUGCACAACUUAUGAAAGCUUUCAUGUUCCACCGUUGUGAUCCACCCAUCGUAACUUAUUUUCACCUUCGUGUAAGAUCUUUUAACAUCUUUCCUUCAUCUUUUCAAUAGGUAGACCUCAGGCAAGAGCUCUAAUCCAAACCGAAGUAAGACCACAAUCAAGUGUCUACAUACCAUACCCCUAAAUUCAAACAAGUGACAACUACAUAUUCCUAAAGUAGUUAAUGAGUCAUAUUCAACAACGAAGUUAACGGUCUUUCGAAACCCAUUAAUCUUUCGAACCUCCUUCACAUUAAAUUUUCUAUCCCCUUUGCUUUGUAGGAGAUCACAAUACAAUGUACUUACAAGUUCAUCUUGAAACUCCUUGAACUUAGCUAGAGUGUAAAUUUCUUGGACUUGUUCUUCUGUUUAAAAUGUUGUAACACAAGGAAUCGUUUAUGCAAACGAACUUGUAUCGUGAAAUUCUUUUUCUACUUUACUUCGCAAUGCGCGUCCGUAUUGCUCAACGAAUGGUUUAAGACUAGUUUUGGAAUUCACAUAGUCAUCGAAAAAAGAAUUGAUACUUUUACUUUGUUGAGUGGUAGACAUAUUCGCCCAGAAGGUUGCUUUUAAGAAACAUGGUAACCACCGAUGUUGUUCGUUGUACAUCACUGGAAGCCAUUCAUGGCCUUCUAGGAAAUACCUGAAACAACAUUAAAAAUAUGUAUGAAGUACAUACACGAUGUCUGCCCGCAUACACUAUUGUGUCUAUGGUGUACAUUUUUCAUGCUUGUGACAGACAAAUGUCUUUCCUACACAGACAAUGUCUUUCUUGUAUGGGCACACAAUCUUAGCACAUAUAUAAUGUUUUAUCUGCCCGCAAAUAUAAAGGUGUUUGUGUUGUACAUUACAAAUGUCAGUGUAGUAAAAACAAUUCGUCUGUGGUCAUGAUCAUACAAAUUUGUCUCUGCCCUGAAAAAACAAUAUACUGUCUGUGUAAUACACUUACUUUGUGUGUGAAGUGAAUAUAAAUUUAUUUCACAGACAAAAUACUUCUGUAAUGGUCAAAUUUUGAAGGAGAUAAAGAGUACCUUUGUAUUCCUUCCAACCUUGCUCAAAUUCUGGAACAUAUUGUGAGUCAUUAAUGGAUUAAUGAAUAGCAUCCAAAAACAAUUUCCCCUGUAAUUCCUCCCAUUUUUUCCGGUACCUUUUUCAUAAUAUGUCAUAGGCACCAUCCGUGUCUUGUAUUUGGGAAAACAAUUUGGAUGACAUUUUGCAUUGCACGGUCUUCAUCUGUAAUAAUGCCCAUCGGAGCAAGUCCUUCCAUACACACAAGCCAUGCUUUAAUAGGGCUGGCAAUAUCACCCGCACCCGCGGAUACCCGGUCAACCCGAACCGAAAGUAUGGAUGAAAACCCGAAGAAGUAUGGAUGAAAAAUGGAUGACGGGUGGAUCGAAAGACGGGGUGGAUCGGGUGUGGAUGAAGGCUCAUCCAACCCAUCACCCGACCCGUCACCCGUUCCAUCCACCCACCCGCAGACCCGCACAUAAGUAUAUAAUAUAUAAUAUAUAAAAUAUAUUAUAUCUAUUUAAUAAUAUAUAAUAAUAAUAAUAAUAUAAAUAAAAUAAUAAUAAUAAUAAUAGUUAAUUGGUGAAACAAAGAUAAUUGGAGAGCUUCAAGAAGUGGCAGUUAAAUAGCAAAAAUAGUUUUGUGCCAAUGCAUAAAUGCAGAAUUUAACAACUUGAAGAAGUUUUAUGUCUAUUUUGUUUAACAUUCAGUUUUUUUCUUUGUAAUUGGGAGUGAAUUAAUGAUUGUAAUAUACUUUAUUGCUCAUGUUGUUAUUUUACAAUGAAUUCUUAAUUUUUGGUUCUUAAUUGUCAUGAUUUCUCUUUGUAAUUUAUUUAUUUUGUCUCAAGUUUGAACAUUUAUAUUUCACCCGCUACUCACCCGAUCCACCCGAUAAUCCGUUCAAGAUGGAUGGGUUGGAUGUGGAUGUAAUUUUUAAUGGAUGAUGGACGGGUGGGUGGAGUAUAAAAAAUUAACGGGUGGACGUGGAUGAGCCUCCACCCGGUGAAAAUCCGACCCGCUGCCACCCCUAUGCUUUAAAUAGCCACACGAAUGUUUUCGUAUGUCCAUUAUUAGAGAUUAAUUUGCACCCUAGCAAAAUUGAUUGACCAUGAUGAUUAACUCCCACAAGUGGUGCAAAAGGCAUAUAUGUCAUAGCAAUUCGUGAGGUAGGUCGUGUAAAAGGUAACAUCUCCAAAAUCUUUAUAUGCAUAUCUACAUCGAUUGUCGGCCCAAAACACAUUACGCAAUCGGGAAUCAUCAUCUAAAUCAACGACGGAGAAAAAUUCGGGACAUUGAGCUUGCAUUGUAACAAAAAAAUCAUGAAUUGUCAUGACAUCACCACUCCCUAAUCUAAGUUGUCUUAUCUUUUCCAUGUAGUUCCUACAAUCUUUUUCAAUAAAAAGAAGUUGAUCAUAUCCACUGGCUUCAUACAACGGCUGCAUUGAAGGUUUUAUGAAGUCGUAUUCCGGCCACAUCGUUGAUUGCAAUUUGCCUCAUUACUUUGGGUGUCAAAGUCCUAUGGCACCGGAAUGGGCGAACCUUCAUUGGAUUCAUGGGAUGGGUAUGCUCAAGACAUUUUUUUGAAAUUUUCCAACGUCCCGCAUAAUUUGUGUGUGCUCGUGUUCUUGCUCUGUACCCCAUUUGCAUUGAAGGUUGCGGCUUCAAUUGAUUUGUUGACCUAGUAAAUCUACUACCGCACGACAACACUCUAGCAACACUCCAACUAUAUCUACUCCAUUCUUGUGUUUGGUGGUCCUCCUAGCUCUUAUGGGAAAUCCCAAACGCUUCCCAUAUGUCUUGUAAAAAUCAUACACCGCUUCUUUGCUAUCAAAUUCCAUACAAACAUUCGGAACUUUUAUAGAACCAACAUCACUCUCAUUUUGCUGAAUUUCUCCAUUGGACCAACAUUCAUGUAUUUCAAUGAAUAAAAAAUAUGCGGAUGUGAACAUGCACAGACAGAAGUAUAUUUACGCACAGAGGCAGUGAUAUAUUUACGCACAAAGGCAGUGAUAUAUUUACGCACAGAUAGAAGUAUAUAUACACACAGGCAGAAGUAUAUUUACACACAAACAUUUCAAACAAAAGUAUAU